UAGAAAUUCGGAGGUGGCCAAAUCUCACUAUUCUGUAUACGACGGAUGAAUCAAGUUUCUUUCUAAAGUCAAUUUUGCCCUUAAAAUUAAUUUUAAAAUUUGAUUUAGGCUAUGGUAACUAUUCGGUUGACACUUGGUGAUGUAAUACAUUUGGUAAUUGGUUUUAUGUUUUUUCCGGUUCAUUGUCUGCACAGACGUCAUCACACCUCACUGGCUCGGUCUCUGUGAGCUCCCCUGCAUCACCGGUGACCUCCCCUGGCGUUGGAGCACCAUGGCUGGCUCGCCCUGGCUUAGCCUCUCAGCUCUCCUUAGAUCUUGAUCAAGUUAUUACCCAGGACCUUGCUCCCUCUCCUCUUUGUACCUCUGAGCAAAGCAGAAAGGUCACCCUAGCUGAGGGCUUGUGGUGGCAGACGUGUGCAGGGGCCACGGGCUGAUGGGCCAGCUGUGGGUCAAGGAUGGACAGUGGUGAACUGGCGAGCACCCAUCCCUGUAAGGGGAACCAUUGCUCAGCCCCUGCCAGCACAUGGCACACUUUAGUUGGGCCUGACAUGGCCAGCUUUUCCAUGAGAAUAUCUGGAAAAACAGGUGCAUGUGGAAAAUACAUGAAUUUAAAGUGUUGGCAACAACUUCAAACUUUUAUAAACAUCGCGUGGGCCAAAGAGAACACAUUGGCUAACCCCAUCACAUCUAGAGACCUGGAGUUUGUGACCUCUCAAGACCACCAAUUAGCAUCCCAUGGAAGAUGGGUGUUCUGGGCCCUGGCUUAUACCCUGAGCCAAUCUUGGGCUGUUGGCAGAGACCAUGAGCAGCACAGCCUAGUGGGAGAAAGCUCAGGGCUUUCCUGAAAUCUUGGACUUAGCAAGAAUCUUGACCUGGUUUUAAAAGGCCAUUUAAAGGAUGAUGAUUAGAUGGUAAUGGAUAACACCAAGCAGUGUUUAGGACCAAACGUGUGAGCUGGACACAGGCAGGGACUAAAGAUGAAUAGGAAAAUACAAAAUAUGAACCAAAUAUAUCAUCAUUAACAACAGCAAAUCCUCCAAGACAUUAUUUCAAGUCAGGGAGACGGACCACUCUGCGUCUUGUUCUUUGCAGCCACACUUGGCUUGUGGUGGGCAACCCCUGAGCGCUUGUAGGCCCCGCAGACCAAAUUUGCGUGCACCUCGCCCAGGGAUUUGUUAGGCUGCAGACUCGGACUCCGUCGGUCUGGGGUGGGCUUAAGAGUCUGUCUUUCCAGGUUGCUGCUGGUCCAAGGACUUGAGAACUGGGGUGCUAGGAUUCCCCCCUUCAAUGCAAAAGUGCAGCCUGUCUCCUUGCUUCCCUCUUGUCAUCCACGCCUUCUCCAUCCGUUUCCAUUUCCAGGGAAUUCUGCUUCUUUACCGGGGUCGCCAGGUAUAUACCAUUUCAUCAGGCACUCUUGUUUUUUUAAGUUCUUUGACUUGUAAAUUUUUUUUAAAAAUUGGGCCUGUAAGCGUUCUUUUUAAUGCUUUGAUUGUGUACUGGGAUGUGUAGGCGUGGACUCAGUGUAUCCAGACUUGCCUUGCUCCAACUGCCACAACAAAGCUUCCAGAGAGUUUGGAGGGAGAAGCGUGAUUGAGCGAGGGCCAGUUCUCACCCCGCCCAGGGAGGGUGGCAUCAUCAGCCUCUGACUCUCGAGGAUGUUAGCCAGUGAACACCAGGCCCAUGCUCCCCUCGGGUGAAAUGAUGUAUGCAGCUGUUGUCAGGAGUUCAUAAUAUACUUCCAUGUAAAAAUCUGCCCUUUUGAGAGAUGAGGGAGUUAUAAAUUUACAGAAGAUUCCUCCCUCUGGAACUAAGUGUUACAAUCCUCAAAUAUCUCCAAUUCAGCCUUGAUUAAAAUUAAGAUGAGAUCAAAGACCACAAGCUUCUGUAGCAGGAACUUUAAAGAGGAUCCAGGUGCUUUUGAGAACAGUCAACAAAUUGCCUUUAUGACGCAGAGAAGGAAAGGGAGUGGAAGGGGCCGUUCUACUUCAUCCAAGGGGCAGACCCCCAAUUUGGGCUGAUGAAGGCCUGGGCCACGGGGAACUGCGACAGCGGCGGCGACGAGUGGGGCCAGGAGAUCCGGCUGACCGAGCAGGCCGUGCAGGCCGUCAACAGGCUGAACCCCAAGCCCAGAUUCUUCGUUCUGUGCGGGGACCUCGUUCACGCCAUGCCAGGGACGCCCUGGCGGAAGGAGCAGACGGAGGACCUGCAGCGAGUGCUGCGGCAGGUGGACCCCGAGAUCCCGCUGGUCCUGGUCAGCGGCAACCACGACGUGGGCAACGUCCCCACGGCCGAGACCAUCGCCGAGUUCUGCCAGACCUGGGGUGACGACUACUUCAGCUUCUGGGUCGGGGGCGUCCUGUUCCUCGUCCUCAACUCCCAGCUCCUGUUCGACGCCUCCCAGUGCCCCGCCCUGAAGCAGGCCCAGGACCAGUGGCUGGACCAGCAGCUGCGCCUGGCGGGGCAGCGGCAGUGCCAACACGCCGUGGUCUUCCAGCACAUCCCGCUGUUCCUGCAGAGCGUCGACGAGGAGGACGACUACUUCAACCUCACCACCGCCGUCCGCAGGGAGAUGGCGGACAAGCUGGCCAUAGCAGGCGUCAAAGCCGUGUUCUCGGGCCACUACCACAGGAACGCGGGGGGCACCUACCAGAACCUCGACAUGGUGGUGUCGUCCGCCAUCGGGUGCCAGCUGGGCCGGGACACCCACGGGCUCCGCGUCGUGGUGGUCACCGCGGACAAAAUCGUCCACCGCUACUACAGCUUGGACGAGCUGAGCGAGAAGGGACUCGAAGGCGACCUCCUGGAGCUGCUGAAGGAGAAAUGACUGCCCUCGCCUCCCGCCCUCUUCACGUCCACUGCGGUGUUUAUUUGCCAGAAACAGCC